CAGCAGCUGCUGCUGCUUCAGGGGCCGUGAGUUCCUGGGUCAGGAACAUGGCUCUCUCGUUGUACCUGUGCGUGGGACUCUUGGUGCCUUUGGUGGCCCCGCUGGACUUCAACUAUCAUCACCAGGAAGAAAUGGAAGCUUUUUUGAAGAAUGUUGCCCAAACCCACGAUUCUAUAACUCAUUUACACAGUAUUGGGAAAUCAGUGUCAGGUAGAAACCUAUGGGUUCUUGUUGUGGGAAGGUUUCCAAGGGAACACAGAAUUGGGAUUCCAGAGUUCAAGUACAUCGGUAACAUGCAUGGGGAUGAGGUUAUAGGACGAGAGGUACUCCUCCAUCUGAUAGACUACUUGGUUACGAAUGAUGGAAGGGAUCCUGAAAUCACCCGCCUGCUUAAUAAUACUCGGAUACACAUCAUGCCUACUAUGAAUCCAGAUGGAUUUGAGUCUAUUGAAAUACGUGACUGUUAUUCCUCAGAUGGCAGGUUCAAUGGAAAUAAAUUCGAUCUAAACAGGAAUUUUCCUGAUGCUUUUCAAAAUAAUUCUGUGGCGAGACAGCCUGAAACUGAAGCAGUCAUGAAAUGGCUGAAAUCUGAGACAUUCGUUCUCUCGGCUAACUUACACGGUGGAGCUUUGGUGGCCAAUUAUCCAUUUGAUAAUGGUGUCAUAGCAACCGGGAUAAAACGGGGCCACAGCCUGACCCCAGACAAUGAUGUCUUUGAAUAUCUUGCAUAUACCUACUCUUCAAAGAAUCCGAACAUGAGCCUAGGAAACGCUUGUGAAAAUAUGAAUUUCCACAAUGGCAUCACAAAUGGCUACAUGUGGUACCCACUCAAAGGAGGGAUGCAAGAUUACAACUACGUCUGGAGCCAGUGCUUUGAACUCACACUGGAGUUGUCAUGCUGCAAAUAUCCACCAGCCGAAGAUCUCCCAGACUACUGGAAUGAUAACCGAAACUCGUUAAUCAACUACAUGAAACAGGUUCAUCUAGGUGUUAAAGGUCAAGUUUUUGAUGUGAAUAAAAAUCCAAUACCCAAUGCAAUAGUGGAGUCUACUGACAGGAACCAUAUCUGCCCAUACAGAACCAACCAAUUUGGAGAAUAUUAUCUUCUUCUUUUGCCUGGCUCCUACACGAUAAAUGCUACAGUCCCUGGACAUAAGCCAAUCCUAAAGGAAGUGACCAUCCCAGACACCAUACAGAACUUCACUGCACUUAGAAUGGACUUUCAUUUCCCAUUCCAAGUGAAAUCACAUAAUACGACCACCCGGCUUUCAUGUUCUGAAAUUCCUCUUUACAUGUAUUUGGGAAAUCAUUCUGAAAGACUGAAAUCACAUUUUAUCUUAUUUUUAAUUACUUUUGUAACUGUCUUUUAUAUAAAAUAAAACAUGAAAACACCAAUCCACUCCACCCUCCUUCCAAGAUGUGUAAUGAACUCAUCCCUUCAAGCCAAGCCACCUCAACCUUGCCGACUAUUUCUGUCUUGUUGCCAUGGAUUUUCCCUAAGAGGGGAGUAAUUAUUUCCCAAGGGUCUGGAUGUUCCUGAAUCAUUCAAACUAAGUGGAGA